CCCGGGCCCCCUCGGCCGCCGACCUCUCCCCGCGGUCGAGGAAAGAUGGUGGGCCGGAACAGCGCCAUCGCCGCCGGCGUGUGCGGGGCCCUCUUCAUCGGCUACUGCAUUUACUUUGACCGCAAGAGACGGAGUGACCCCAACUUCAAGAACCGGCUGCGAGAACGAAGGAAGAAACAGAAGCUUGCCAAGGAGAGAGCUGGACUGUCCAAGUUACCUGAUCUGAAAGACGCGGAGGCUGUUCAGAAGUUCUUCCUUGAAGAAAUCCAGCUGGGGGAGGAGUUACUCGCUCAAGGGGAGUAUGAGAAGGGCGUGGACCACCUGACCAACGCGAUCGCAGUGUGCGGCCAGCCCCAGCAGUUACUGCAGGUGUUACAGCAAACUCUCCCGCCACCAGUGUUCCAGAUGCUUCUGACCAAGCUGCCAACCAUUAGUCAGAGAAUUGUAAGUGCUCAGAGCUUGGCUGAGGAUGAUGUGGAAUGAGAAACAAAUGUCAACAUGAUCUCAAUUAAAAAUAUUUUUAAAAUCUUGACUUGGAGGAUGAGCAGCUCUGGGGGAAUAAGGGCAAAUACGCUUGCUAUGGACUGUCCUACACUGAAUCUACCAGAGUGGAUUUUUACUUUGUGUAGAUCCAUCUGUCUUUUAUUUAUUUUUCCCAGUGAAGAGUGUAUUUUGAUAGAGAGCUUUUCAUUUUAUAAAUACACUAUGAGUUACCGAAACAUCAUGGAUUUUGUUUAUUCCUAAAACAUGUAAUUAAAAUGGACACAUAACAUCAUAUUAAUGUACAUCCAAAAUAUCUAGUGCUCAGUUUUGAAAGGCAAAAAAAAGCAGGGGAAGGCUGAAGAAUUCACGUUUUAUAAGCUAGAACAUUUGGCUGGAAAUGGGAUUGUGUCUAUCAAAGCUGGGCAUUAAAGUCUUUGAGAUGA